AAGUUUGUGGAAAUCAUGGUCAACCUUCUGGUGCUGGUUUGUGUGGGUGCUGCCCAAGCCUCUGUUGCAGGCUUCACGUCCCUUGGUGGCUUUGGCAGCGGCUCCUUUAGCCUGAAUUCGGCCUAUACCCCCUUUGAGGGCACGGAGCUCCAGGAGGUGAGGGAGCUAGACAUGCAGUUCACCCAGAUGCGAGCCCCGUGCGUGUAUGGCGGAGUAGCCUUCAGCUUAACAGCAGCAGCGCUCACCCUUGUCUUCCUUGUCGUGGGGGCAAAACCCAUCCAGCAGCUCAGGACAGGGCUGCUGGCAGGCGAAUGCGCCUUCAACCUGGUGGCUGGCGUGGCGUACGUCGCGGCAGUCGGCCUCUACCUGCAUUUUGUCAGCCAGGUGAACUCCACAGAGGUUUGCAAGAGGCGCGAGAGGCUGUAUGCGCGCCGUGGUUACACCUCCAUGAACUGCGUGGUCCAGGGUGGCGAUGCAGCCGUCGGCCUUUUUGGUGUUGUUGCUGCCUGUUUGUACUUCGCCAGCUUUGUGGUCUGCAUCCUUGCUAUCCGAACUGUCCGUGCCUUCCAGAGCCACAUGGCCAAGGCUCAGCACAGCUCCAAAAGCAGCAUUAGAGACAGAAGUGUCAGAAACCACCAUGCCGCCCACAGGACCUCAGAAAGCUCCCGCAACGUCCAGGCUCUUGCCACGUUAGUGUGA